CGCAUUGAAAAGUUUCAAUCCUUCCCUUUUCUUUCUAUAUAAUAAGAAGACGAAGUACGUUUCUGUCAUCUUUAUCAGAACAUUCAAGCUCGUCGCCUUCAUCCCUUCCUCGCCACCUACAUCUUCAACUCUUCCAUAUCUCUGAAUCAUCCUAUUUCAUCUUUCACAUACUAUCCAGCAUUAUGGUUUCUACCGCAGAAGCCAUUGCCUACGCUGAACUUGUCGUUUACAUCCCAAUCUUCCUUCUCACCGCUAUCAUAAUCUUUCGUCAUGGCUUCCAAAAGCAACUCGGAUGGAUUUACCUUACAAUCUUCUGCGUUGUCCGAAUUGCUGGCGCCAUCUUCGAGAUCAAAAGAGAACACAAUCCAACAAAUAAGACGGACAUUGAAUGGGCCGAGAUUCUACAGUCCGUUGGCUUGUCUCCUCUCUUGAUGGCAAGCUUGGGCCUGUUGAAACGGGUUACAGACGAAGUGUCCUUCCACGUACGCAGUAUGAACAACAACUUCUUACCCGCAUCAGGAAUCGCCAACAUCGUCACCAAACGAGCCACAGCCAACGCUCGACGAAGCCGCAUCAUCCAGAUUGCUCAGUUGCCAACAGUGAUUGCUUUGGUUCUAUGUAUCGCCGGCGGCACCGACGAAGCAGGAUCAGAGGUUUCAGAAGGGAAGAAACUAACCAAAAUCGGUAUUGCAAUCUUGGCGGUCAUCUAUGUCCUCCUCUUUGCUCUUAGCGUCAUAACGAUGAACGACGUUGGUAAUGCUCCCCGCGAGGAGAAACGCAUCUAUAUCAUGGUGCUUAUUGCUCUCCCACUCAUUGCUGUGCGUCUGCUUUGGAGCAUUCUUUCUGCAUUUGGGCACAGCUCGGAUUUCUCUUUGAAUAGUCCGAAGCCGUUGAUCCAGCUGUUCAUGGCGACGAUCGAGGAGUUUAUUGUUGUUGUUUGUUACACGACAGCGGGACUCAUAAUCUAAGAGCGAGUGUGCGAGAAGUCUCAAGUCUGAGAUAAAGUGAAUGGAGAAAUUGGGUUUAUAAUUUAGGAUAUCAGGCAGAUUGUGGCAGUAGAGGGGACAUCAAGGUGGCUGUUGGGCAAUGUACGAUAUGUCUUGGUGCUUAUAGGAAGUAUUACGGACACAUAGAUUAGAAUUUCAUCAUUUUCUC